AUGCUACAAAACGAAGAUGGCCUUCCUUCCUCCUAUAAGUAUGCCUGGUCAAAGGAUGCAGAGCUGUCUCUCCCCGACUUCUUGACGAAAUUUAAACCGUCAAUGGUCCAAAAUGACGGAACCAAGCCCUGGAUAUGGGUGAGAGGUUCUGAUUCAUCGGUGGAGGAUGUGGGGGUUGAGGACGCAAUAAAGGAAGCCUCGGAAUAUUUGAAUGAGGUUACCGAGAAAAUCGAGAAUGUCAAGAAUGACGAGUCCAUACCUCUUCGAUCUAGCAAGAAAACUGGGGCGAAAAGCAAGAAAGAGGUUCGAGAACAGAUACAAGCUGAGGCUAGCAAAAAAUUAGAGGAGAUAGCGGUCAGCCACGGAUACUUAUCCGGAAAGUGGUUGAUAUUUGCGUCAUCGGACAAGGUCGACAUGAUAUGGUCUAAUAUUGCCACAUCAAUAGUUUCUGGACCUCUCUCCUCUACCUCCGUUUAUCUAGCGAAAGUAGCAACGUCUCCUGAGAGCGAAACUUCUAACGCUCAACAUCUCAUUUGUGUUUACAUGCCCAAUGUAUACGACAAAGAGAGUGUUACCGAGGUGGGUAGUCUUCAGCCACCCCGCAUUUCAUACUCAGUUCUUCAGGUCAUGAAGCUGCUGCUUCGAAACCAUGGCGUUAACCUCAGUGGGGUUAAGUCAAACCUUUACACAUCCAUUGGAAUCGACAGUAAACAUGCAAGCGGCAUCCAAUCAACUAUCUGGAAAAAUUCCAACUUAAUUCCGGAAUCAGAAUCCAAAGCAUUGAAGGAUGCCUUUUUUGCAAACUUAUCCACUCCCCAAGCUGUGGCUCCCGUAAAAUCUGAUGUGCAAGCUGCAGAAGUACCUACGACAUCAAAAGUCAAGCCAAAAUUGAAAUUGCGGAAAAAAGUCGACGAUAACCCAUUCGAAUCCGAUAACGAAGAACCAGAAACGGUACCCGCCAAGAAAAGCGUUACAAACAAGGCGAAGAAGUCUGAAACAGACAAUAAAGAACCUCCACCAGCACCUGAACCAAAGAAAGGUGGUGUGAAGGUAAAAGCAAAAAGAGCCAGUUCUAGCGAUGACGAGGACGACGAAGAAGAGCGACCGAAAAAGAAGCGAGCGGCAGCAAAAAGAUGA